AUGUCUACAUCGUUACCACACCCAUCUGCAUCUCAUCCGGACGAGGGUGCCACGCGCAGCCCGUCCGCGCCGGAAUUACACCCCGAGACAGAAGAGAAACGCGACCCGGGGCAUCAACCAGACGAAGAGGAGGUGGAAGAACCACAACCAGACCCCAAAGAAGAUGACCAGGAAUCUGCACCGCCUUUGCCAGACGAGAUCCCUCCACCUCUUCCCGACGAAGCACACCCAGGCCAAGCCGAAGACGAUGGAUGGGAACCCGUUUGGGAUGGCAAUGCGCAAGCAUACUAUUUUUACAACCGGCUCACGGGAGUAUCUCAGUGGGAGAAUCCCCGCGUACCAGAUGCAGCAUCCGCAACAGCGCCCGGGACAGGGGAGGCUCGUGGCACACAACCGGAGGCGUCUUCCUUGUCGCCACCCCCAAGGCCGAAGUCCCCUGUGCUAGGAGGAUACAACCCUGCGAUUCACGGAGACUACGAUCCGAAUGCUUCAUACGCCCGACAGUACGAAGAGCAAGCACAGCCGGAGUCAAGCACCUCAGCGCGGGGCGACACCACCGCGGCGUACGCGGCCACGGGCAUGUUCAAUCGAUUCACGGGCCGGUGGCAGGACGCCUCGAUUACAGCAGAAACCCACAACGACGAGAACAAGUCCCGACGACAGAUGAAUGCUUUUUUUGACGUCGAUAGCGCAGCGAAUAGUCACGACGGCCGUAGUCUGCGUGCGGAGCGGAGCGCUAAGAAACUGAGCAAGCAGGAGCUGAAGAUGUUCAAAGAGAAGCGACGGGAAAAGAAGGAGGAGAAACGCCGGGCCUGGUUGCGGGAUUGA